GAGAAUUGGGGCAGGGAAGAGUUCAUUGGAGAGAAACUAGGGAAUGUUAGUAAGGGGAAGCGGGGGAAAGGAAAGUGGGUGAGCAAAGUUGGGGGAGGCGAACUAGGGCUUGCUUUGGGUUUCACUUAUAAGGGGAGCUGGGGAAUCUGGAGAAGUGGCUGGGGAGGAGUUAGUGGGAAAGGAAUCGGGGAAUCUGGAAGGGAGAGGCUGAUCAAGGGAGACCCUGGGGCCGGGAUGGGGAGAUGAAACUGGCUGGUUGGCCAAGCGGGCGCAGGGUCCCUGGGGGCGGGGUUCCCUCCCUACGCCUCUUCCAGCUUCAGGUUUGAUUGACGGGUCCUCAGAGCCCGGGCGGGUAACAAAUGGGCUGACACAACGCAGCGGUUCCAGCGCGAGCCCGGCAGAGGGCGCACGUGUUCCUGUCCCUCUCCCCGCUCAGAGCUGGAGCGAGCCUCAUCCCGCGCGCGCCCGACGGCCUGGCGCGCGCCCGCAGGCGCCAGCGCCCUUGUGCGCAGACGCGAUCUCGUCCCGCAGCCCCUGUAGCCGUUGUUGCCGCCGCCGUUGCCGCCGCCGCCGCCCCAGUCGCCUUCGGCCCUACGUUCCACAGUAGAAGGCGGCGUCGCCCCCCCGCGGAGCUAGAUUCAGCUCUCCCUGAGUUUCCCUACUCAUAUAUUAUUCUUUGAUCAACGUGACCUAGAGGAUCAAGCCCUGGACUUGGGGAAGAAGGUGACGCUGAUGGGCCCAUUGCCGGGCGCCGAGUUAGUUCAGAAGCCGCUGCAGCUGUACCGUUACUUGCUGCGCUGCUGUCGCCAGCUGCCCACCAAGAACAUCCAGGAGCACUAUAAGCAUGCCGUCAGACAGAGUUUCCAAGUCCACGCAGAUGAAGACAACCCUGAGAGGAUCCAACAGAUUAUCCGAAGAGCUAUUGAAGACGCCGAUUGGGUCAUGAAGAAGUAUCAGAAGCAAAACUAAAACACUUCUAAGGACUCUGGGGCCCGGAGAGCAAAACCUGUUUGCCGACAGUGGCGGCCCUGAGAUGCCGGCAGCGCUGGGAUGCCCUAUCGGUGACACCCGUGAAUACAGAGAAGCCCGGCUGACCCGGUGCCGGCCGAAGGGGAGACGCCUCCAAAGCCACGCUCGCGGGUUCAGCCUCCUUCGCGCCUGGCGUGGCUUUGGGCCGCAGCCGCCUCCAGGGCCACUCAGGGGAGGGAGUUUGCAACUUCAUCCCUAAAUUUGGCUGCCUACAUUUGCUCCUCAAACUCUUAUCAGCAAUCUAGUUAGAAACAAGGAGACAAGUAUUUAUUGAACGUUUCCUGUGUGCCGACCACUGUGCUAGGGAGGAGAAAAGAGAAUUAGAAAUCUCUUGCCUUUCUCUCCAUCAUCCCCAGUGAUUAGCACAGUGCCCGGCAUAAAGUAGACCCUUAAUAAAUGCUUAUUGAUUGACUGACUGAUGUCAGAGUCAGUAAUUCUUCCACUCUAACCCUUGUAUGCAUGCGUUUGUAUGUCUUCCCCUGAAGAACCCAGGUUUUCUACCUCACGUCCUCCCACCCAGAAGGAGGGAGAUUGAAGCAAGGAAAGAGACAGGUUGCCAAGGGCAGCCAGAGCUGAGAGCGAGAAGGAAAGAGAUGGAGGAAGGAUUUAGAAGCAGCAUGAGUGCACCAGUCCCUUCUGUAUGUCCCAUCUAGAAAGAAUUGGCUUUUCCAAGCUUUUCUCUCAAAUGAGACUCUCAGUUGAAUCUCACGACAGCCCUAUGAGAGAAGGGGAUCAGGUCUCUCCAUUUAACAGAGAAAAAAAAUGGGACUUGGUUAAACAAUUUGUUUGGGGAGGUUUUGAAUGAGUUUCUCCCAGUAAGUGUUUUUUUCCUUCAUUUAUUCAUAUCCUCAUUUAUCCAUACAAUGUGAUUUUAUUAAAUAGAGUACAAGUGAAGUUGUAAAUGAGUUAGGUUAGAUAUUAAAACAAAAUUAGUCCCUUUUACUUUAUCAGCCCUGCAGGAAAACACUUAUUGCUGAUCAGUGAAUAUGGAAUUAGGACUGAGAGUUGAAUUCUUAAUCUUUUUUGUGUCUUGGACUCCUUUGGUAGUAGACUGGUCCCCUUUUCAGAAAUAAUUUUUAAAAGCAUAAAUAAAAUAUAUAGGAUUACAAAGGAAACUGAUUAUACUGAAAUAGUUACCAAAAUAUUUUUAAAAAUCAAGUUCAUGAAUUCCCAAUUAAGUGCUCCUGACUUAGGGGGCUACCAUCAAAUUACAGAUACUAGUUUGCUAGAUUUUGGGUGUGAAUGGGUGGCACGCUACGGAUUAUUUGUUUCAUUUUUUUCAAGCUUCAUCAGUUUGGGGACUCUCCUGCAUGGAAACUCUUUUCCCUGAUGCACAUGAACACUACCUCUGUAACUGGGGUCUUAAAGAAUUAUUCGGAGAGCAGUGAGAGAAGUGAAGUGACUUGUCUAGGAUUAUACACCCAAUGUGGGUUAGAGGCAGUACUUGUACCCAGGUCUUCUCUGUCUCAUGCAUUUGAACUCAUAAUAUAGAAGCUGUUUCAGACAUAUCUGCCAGGCAUGAGACUGGGUUCUUCACCAUGGCAGCUGUAUGACAGCACCCUGAAACCCCCUUUUCUCCCUCCUUCUCCUCCCCCCAGCCAAAAGACCCAUACUUCCUCUUGUGCUGGAAUUGUAUGACUCUUAACUUAUUCUAACAAACCCUCCUAUAUGAAAUGGGGAGGGGUGGAGGGAGAAGAAAGGAGAAGGUUAAGAGAAAGGUCACUUAAUUUAAUAGGUGUCAGCCUGGAAGUUCACCUAAAAUGAAGGUCCUUAGUCUUUUGUGAGUCAUGGAUCCUUUAGCACCAGUCUGGUGGAACUUAUGGACCCUUUUAUAUAUUUAUAUUUUUUAAUAAUGCUUUUAAAUGUAUAAAAUAAAACACAGAAUUGCAGUAAAAAACAGUUCUAUUGAAAUUGUUACCAAAAUGUUUUUUUCCCAUCUAUAUUUAUGUACCCCUGAAAUUUAUCCAUUUUUAAGUACUUCUGAUCUAAAAUAUAAUUAAUUGGGAUUAAUUAACACCAGGAAUCUCUUACCUAAGGAACUGAAUAUUUGGAGUGAUGAAAGAACAAGAGGUUUUGGAUUCUGGCUCCUUUGGCAAGAGGCAGAAGGGAAAAACAAUGAAAAUCCCUUGUUGCCUUUUUUUUUUUUUUUUUUUA